AUGGCAAACACGGCGCCAGUUUUAACUGUUCAAGACUUCUUUGACGGCAACCCGGACGUACUCUUCGUCCGCUUCGUUGUCGUGGACCACGGGUCGGUGCUCCGCGUGUCGGUCAUGCCCAGAAAGGCCACGCUCCAAGUGGCUGCCGACGGGUCCUUCAACACGAACAUGUCUGUGUUCGCCGUGGGAAUCACGGUAUUCGACACGGCAAAUAUGCAGGCGCUCCAGGUUGGCGUCGACAAGAUCGUGCCGGACUGGACCACGUUGAAAGUGUGCUCCUUCUAUCCGAGCCACGCCAUCGUCAUGUGCGCUGUCCGAGAAGCAGGCAAAGCGGAAGCAAGUGACAACGAUGAUGGCGGAUUCGGCCUGUGUCCGAGGAGCAUCCUGGCGAAGCAGGUGCUCCACGCCCAGCAAGCUGUAGGCCAGGACAUCCUGGUCGGCCUGGAGAUCGAGUUCCUCUUGUACAAGCCGGGUACCAGCGAUUUCACGCGGCCGGCGACAGCCCACGCGAACUUCAACUCGACCUUCCUGUACGACGAUGCUCUGACCAGGGUGCUCGACGACAUCGCCCAGACGCUAGCGAAGGCCGACAUUGACAUCCUCAAGUACCACCCCGAGGGUAUGGGCCCCGGCAUCUUCGAGAUCGCCUUGCCCCCGUACGGGCCUCUGCAGGCCGCAGACACCGCCAUCUACUGCCGUGAGACCAUCAAGACGGUGGCGCGGCGCCACGGGUACGAGGCGACCAUGUGCCCGUUCCCGUUCGAGCAGGGCAAUGUAUAUCAGUGUCUGCAGGCCAGCGUUUCGGUCUCAGACCCGGCGGCUGCCGACUAUUUCCUCUCUGGCGUUCUGGGCAGUCUAGCCGGUGUCGGGGCCUUUGCCAUGCCAAGUGUGCUCCAGAGUGACCAACGCCUCGCCUGCACCGCAAGCAGACAGCUGGCGAGCUGGGGGUACGACAACAAGUCGUGCGCGGUGCGCGAGCGGCGGCCAGGCCUGUGGGAGAUGCGCUUCUCGGACGCGGCCAUGAAUCCGUACCUAACCUUUGCGGCUAUGAUCGCGGCCGGCGUCGCCGGCAUCGAGAGCCGGAGGGAGCUAACGGUGAAGCCAGUGCCGCACAUGUUGGACCCGCUCAAGGUCUCCAAGGACGAGCUGGGAAUCACAGACUCCAUCCCGGCUUCGCUGGAGGAUCGGCUGGCGCGGCUUGCGGACGAUAAUGUCUUGAAAGCAGCUUUGGGUUCGCGGGUGCUGAACGAGUUUGUGAGAUUGAAGAGGUCCGAAAUUGAGAUUGCGAGCGGAAUGACAGUGACCGAGAUCAAUGAACGGCUCAGACUAAUCUUUUAG